AUGCUCAGCGACCUUCGCUGGGUCGUCAAAUCUUUUGGCGAUAUUUUGAGCAGCAAGCGAAGAGCCCGUGUCCGGUCGAUCUGCCACCUGCCGUCGGGGCAAUUCCCGUUCGAACGGCAGCACUGCUCAAUUCGAGUCAUUUCCCCUCGACACUCGUCCGCCGAGCUGGCCCUGCAAUGGGCCCGAACAAGCAAGCCAGUCCGAACCUCGCAUCCGCGGUAUCGUACCGCUUCUGGAGCCGAGAUUACAGACUUCACACCCGUCGCCUGUACCUACGAUUCCAUCUAUACGAUAACGAAUGCGGAGACGAGGAGUGCCCGCCACUCGUGUCUGGAGGCUCGGUUUUAUGUCCGUCGUCCUGUGCUGCCAUUUCUCAUUCGCUAUUUGUUGCCUUCGAUUACCGUAGUCACCCUGAUAUGGGCCUCAUUUUUUGUGGCUAGGUCGAGCCUGUCACUGCGGUUUUUCCUGAAUUCCCACACUCCGCUGCUCAAUACGUACGAAAGAGCGCUGUCAAACGGGUUUCAAGCCAAGGCCGAUCAAUUGUCUCUUCGGGCAGCGAGGUGGGACCUGAUCGGCCGUUCCGCCACGCUACCAAUCUACGUUGUCUCGAUUCUCGUCUUUUUCGUGUGGAAUCUGUGGCUCAAGGAGGAAUGGGAGUCC